CUGGCAUAGAGUAGGGUACAAUCUAUGUUUCUCAAGACUUUAGCAUUGCCACUAGGGCACAGUGAGGCCACUGGGACAGCUGGACAGGGUACCAGAUAACCAGUCCAUGGGUGAGAAACCUAUCUGCUGAUCAAUUCUCGUUAGAAGGCUUUGGCUCACACCACCAUCUCACCUUCUCUCGCUGGGGAAACCAAGUGACAUAUUAAGCCGUCCUGGCGAGUGGCUGGACCCUUCUGGCAACCCAAAGCUCUGCUGUGUGUACAGUGUAUGGCAGGACACCAACACCAUGAUGGUAACCUGCCCCCACCUUCCUCCCCCCAACCCCUGAUGCCCAAGGCUGUCUAUAAAGAGAAGAGACGGGGCAGACCCCAGGAGGAGGCAGCAGCUCUCCCUCGGCCAUAGCCAGAGCACAUACCCACCUAUCCAGCUUCAUGGAGAUCUCCACAGCUGUCCUUGCUGUCCUGUUCCUCAUGGGGACCCUCUGCUCCCAGACCUGCCCUGCCUAUCGUGGUGCCAACACCCCGACUGCCUGCUGCUUCCUGUACGUCUCCCGGCAGAUUCCACGCAAGCUUGUGAAUGACUACUAUGAGACUAGCAGCCAGUGCUCCAAGCCUGGCAUCAUCUUCCAGACCAAGAGAGGCCGCCAGGUCUGUGCUGACCCCAGUGAGACCUGGGUCCAGGAGUACAUCACAGAACUGGAGAUGAAUGCCUGAAUGGCCAGAGCUGCUAGCAGGCUGGAUCCUGUCCCCUCAGGCCCAACCAUACCCUGGGGCUGUCCUGAAGUUUCAGUUUCUGUGCUGUAUUUAGUGUUUUCACUCCUGGCCAUUGCUGAAUGGUGGUAUGCAGGACAAGUGUUCUGUGGCGUCCCAUGACAUCCUCUGGCUUCUCCCUCCCUCCAACUCUUCUUGCUUUCACUAUGUUCACUCUUCGCAGGAACUGUCCCAGGGACA